AUGGAGGGCCAACCCCGUGCCCAGGACGUGAUGUGUUGUGCCGUUUGCAACACUGCCGCGGUACAGAUGCAUUGUGAUACAUGCCUUGUUAAUCUGUGCACAACUUGCGUAGGUAAACACAUGAUUUCUGAUGAAUCCAAUCUUCACCAAGUCGUCAAAUUUCAGUCUAGGAAAUCAGUUCCCCUCUACCCUAAAUGUACAAUACACACCAAGGAACGUUGUGAGAUGUACUGUAAACAUUGUGAUUUACCAAUAUGUAGUGCCUGUGUUGUUUCUGAAAAACAUACAAGUCACAAAAUUUCUCAGCUCCGUGAACUGUACUCUAAAAGGAAAGAAAUACAACAAGACGUUGGGAAAAUAAAAGCGGACAUUUUACCAACUUACAAUGGUAUCAUGGCAGUUAUACAUAUGAAGAUGGACAGACUAGAAUUGAAAUGUAAAGAAAUUUCUGAAUCUAUAGCAAAACUAGGAGAGGACUGGCACAAGAAAAUUGACAGAGUUGUCAAUAAACUCCAAACUGAACUCACAGAGAUGAAAAAGGCACAUAUGGAAGCUCUUAAACAUAACAAUGACGAAAUAGAACGGGAUAUCUCAAACAUUAAUUUUCAUUUGAAUUUGUUAGAAAAAAUUCUUGAAUCAAAUGAUUCGUCCUUGCUAUUUCAAUAUAAUAGUAAAGUACCCACAUUUAAGAAAAGUCCACAUUCUGUUAAUAUUUCUUUGCCAUCAUUUGCGCCGAAAGAAAUUCAACAAGAUCAGAUUCAGGAACUUUUCGGAACGUUGUCCUUGAUAAAUGACGACCAUGUGUACAACUCAAAGAUGGCAAAGAAAAUAGCAGAAUCCGCACCGGCUCCUUCAGCCAAAACACUACUGGAUAAACCAGAGACCAUCACCACAAAAUAUGUUGGGUACACUUAUCUUCAAAACAUUGCCUGUCUGAAAAAUACUAGGAUUUGGGCAAGUGGAGAUUCCAGAGUCAUUAAGCUCUUCAGCAUCGGCCAGGAAUCACAUGUCAAAUCAUGUAUUACUAGUAUAUCAUUUGACACCAACAUACCAGGUGUAUUCUCAGGUCCUUUAUACAUAGCAGUGACACGUAAUGGAAAUCUGGUUUAUUGUGACCCGCAUGCGAAAACAGUAAUUGAGGUCAAGAACGAAGAGGUACAGCACACGAUCGAGUUACACAAUUGGAGACCUCAAGGUGUUUGCCCCACCUCCGCUGGUGACCUUCUGGUUAUCAUGGAUAAUAGAAGAACUAGUGUUUUUCUGGCAACCAUGCGUGAUGGCAAACCUUUUCAAACAAAAGUAGUCCGUUUUUCUGAUUUCGUAGAGAAACAAACCAUUCAGCUUGACGAGGAAGGUAAACCUCUAUACCCAAAUACUAGUACUUGUUCUUACAGAAGAUAUAUCACCGAAAACAGGAACCUAGAUAUCUGUGUGACUGAUGGUGAAGCUGUUAUAGUGGUUAAUCAAGCUGGAAAACUGAGAUUCAGGUACACUGGGCAUUACCCUCCCCCCAAAUGGAAUCAAAACUUCACUCCCCGAGGAAUCAUAACAGACAGUCUGAGUCAUAUACUUACAGCUGAUGAAAUGAAUAAGUGCGUCCAUAUCAUUGAUCAGUAUGGACAGUUUCUCCGUUAUAUAGACUGUGGAAUGGUAAAACCUAUGGGACUGAGUAUAGAUGAAGACGAUCAUCUGUUUGUUGCUGACAAUAAAAAGAAAAGUGGACAAAUAAUCAAACUCAGAUAUUUGAAAUAA